UGCUAAAUGAAAAAAAAAGAAGAGGCUAUCUAUAUGCAUGUCAUAUGAGUGGACUUGACUAAGAAAAGGAAGUACAAUGGCUAGUUUAACCAAAGGAUACAUAUAUUUCAAGACCUCUUGUCAAGAAUGGUUUAGUUAUAUGAAAGCAUUCUUUGUUGGUCAGGGGAAGAAGAUGAGAGCAAAAAGUGAGGAGGAAUUGACAGAGGCUGACAUGGUGAAAGCAAAAAUGGAGGUUGAGGCUACUGAUGAAGCAGAAAACACCAAAAAACAACUUAACAAAUCAAGUUGAUUUUACUAAUAUGUUUCUUUUACAUUGUCUAAUAAUAUAUAUGUUUGAUUAGGUCGAUGGUUUUUUUUUUUUUAAA